AUGGGUUGUUGUUUUUCAAGACCGGAUCUUCUGCCACGUGAGAUUACACUUAACUCUAUCCCUGUGACUGAUGAACCAAACCUUAGAUCACGUGAAAUUUUAGCACCUCCUUCGAAACAGAGAAGAGUUUCGCAUAAAUACGAGAAGAUUUACGUUGCUAUUUAUGAUUAUGAGGCACGAAGUAAAGAUGAUUUGACUAUUCAUGUUGGCGAUCUGUUAACAAUUGUGGAUGAUAGUCAAGGUGAUUGGUGGCUUGCGAAACAUUGUCAAACUCAUGUUCAAGGAUAUGUUCCUGCACUUUAUGUCACUCCGCAUGAUGGACUGGAUGUUAAUCAGUGGUUUCACAAAAAUAUUGCCCGAAAAGAUGCCGAACGACUUCUACUAAAUUCAACUAAUACUCGAGGAACAUUUCUUGUUCGAACUUCCGAAAAUUCUCCUGGUAAGGUUUUUGUUUUGAAAUCACAACAUUUAGAAUAUCUUUCAUCAGGUCCUUUUUCACUAUCGGUUCGCGAUCAUGAUGAACAACGCGGUCCACAUGUUAAACAUUAUAAGAUUCAAUUUACUGAUCAGAAACUCGGCUAUUACAUCGCACUACGUCGAACGUUUCCAUCGCUCGAAGAAUUAGUUAAUUAUUAUAAAAGUACGGAUGGUCUUUGCUGUCGAUUAACUCGUCCAUGUCCACGAACGAAACCAUCGACAUAUACAAUAUCGAAAGAUGUUUGGGAAGUUUCAAGAGGUUCUAUUCUACUUCUUCAAAGACUCGGACAAGGAAUGUUCGGUGAAGUAUGGGCUGGUAAAUGGCAAAAUAAAGUUGAUGUUGCAAUCAAAACAAUGAAGCCCGGAACAAUGUCUACCCAAGCAUUUCUCGAAGAAGCGAAUAUAAUGAAGAAAUUACGUCAUGAUAAACUCGUUCAACUAAUUGCUGUUUGUACAGAACCAAAAGAUGAACCGAUUUAUAUUAUCACAGAAUUGAUGUGCAAUGGAAGUUUAUUGGACUAUCUGAGACAAGGAGCUGGAAAAGAAUUGAAACUACCCGCUUUAAUUGAUAUGGCCACACAGAUUGCAUCUGGAAUGGCUUAUCUCGAACAACAACGUUAUAUCCAUCGUGACUUAGCUGCACGAAAUAUUCUUGUUGGAGAGAAUGGCGUAGUUAAAAUUGCUGAUUUUGGUUUAGCACGUAUUAUCAACGAAGACAUCUAUGAAGCGCGACCAGAAGCCAAAUUUCCAAUCAAAUGGACAGCUCCCGAGGCAGCAUUACGAGGUAGAUUUACAAUCAAAUCCGAUGUUUGGUCAUUCGGUGUCUUACUCUAUGAAUUGAUCACGCACGGUCAAGUGCCUUAUCCCGGUAUGAGUAAUCGAGAUGUACUCGAACAAACCCAACGUGGUUACCGAAUGCCUCGUCAUGAAAGUUGUCCUGAGGAGAUCUAUCGUUAUAUGUUACGCUGUUGGGAUGCCUCUCCUGAAAGUCGUCCAACCUUUGAACAUUUACACGCUUUCUUCGAUGAUUACACAACUUCCACCGGUCCGCAGUAUCAGAGUCAAAAUUAA